CACUGCGCGCUACUUCGCGCCGAGUGGCAUUCAUCUCGGACCUUCGGAAUGCAGACGCGUAGGCUUAUUUUGUUUCUUGCAGCUUGCCUUCUUGACACAGACGCCCAGCUUUCGUACCUCCUGCUGGAGCAGUGUCAAGAUGGCCAACAUUCACUACAGCUGUCUGACAGCAAGAGAAACUCUGCAGUUGAGCUGACCCUCAGCAGACACCCUCCGUACCCAGGCGACUCUCACUGCUCUCUCACUGUUAGCGCACCAUGGGCAGAUGGCUUGCUUUUUGUUGUGCGUAUGCUCAACAUGCGCUGGGAUGCAACACGAUGCCUUGACUACAUGAAGCUGACUGACAAUGAAAGGGUCUUGCUGGCUCCACUAUGCACAUCUCGUGCCAUUGGAUCUCGCUUUGUUGCCAUGCGAGAAAACAGGAUCACGCUGGUAGUGGUGACCUCGAAGUUAACUCCAAGUGGAAACUACACUGGCCUCAACAUAUUAUUCACUGGUUAUGUCAGCAAAAAUCGGUGCAGUCCAAAUGACAUGUUUCUCUGCAUAGAAUCAAAGGUUUGCAUUUCCAAGGCCCUGUAUUGUGAUGGAAUCGAUCACUGUGGUGAUGGAACUGAUGAACCAGAAGACUGUGAGACCAUAAACCGGCACACCUGGAUUGAGUGGGCUCCAUUGCUGAGCUGGUUAUCUGUGUAUGGCCUCUUCGGCGCAGUUCUCUUCAAAGUGUACUCGAAGAAAAAGCGGUCCAUCUUGGUGCUUGGGAACCUGUGACCCCCGACUUGACAGUAUUCCAUUUUCAAGAGUGUGCCCACGCACUGAAUGACCGUGCAAGAAGUCCCGAGCCAGGUAUUCAGAGUGUAUCUGAAUCGGUCUCCAUCAUCGCAGCUGGAAGACCAGUUUGUGUUGCUGUUUGUCAGUAUAAAAGGUUACCCAUCACUUCUGUACAAAAUUAGAUGCUAGUAACAAUACUGAAUGCGUGGCUGUUACCGCACGACAGCACACUUCACCUUUAAACAAGAGGCCCACAAUUCGAUAAAACCCAAUUUGAACAUUCUUGUGCUCGCCCAUUUCAAUUGGUCGUUUCCAAUGUAACCAUAUACAAGGUGUCCCAGCUAACUUUAGCCAGAGUUUAAAGAUAUGUAAAUGCCACAAAGCUGGACAGAACCAAGGUAAUGUUCUUUGCCGUCGCUUGCAGAUACUCAUUAGUUCUAUUCAUCGUCUAAUUAAGUAAUUUGUCUUAAUUAACUGCCUAAAUAUUAUAAUUAUAUGAAAAGUGUCAAUGAUGAAAUUGUAGGGCUACAUAAAGGUGUUUUUCCGAGCGUGAAAGAACACUGUGAAUACACGCAAAGGGCCUUGAGCGGCCAGUCGCACGGCAAUGUUGCGUGCAUUGAGUGGUUCUGUCCAGCUACGUGGCAUUCACACAUUUUUUAACUCUGGCUAAAGUUAACCGAGACACCCUGUAUAGUCAACUACAGCACUGCAGUAAAACCAUGCCAGGCCUUGGAUACGUACCCUCAGCCACCAAGUUUUUGGAGGCAGCCAUAAGAGACAGAAAAUUUGUCUCAGACUGCGCAUUCAUUCUCAGAAAGGUGGUAAAUACUUCCCAGCAGUGAGCACAUUGCUUGCCUGAAUUCCAGGUCAAGUGGUGAAGUAGCGAAAAAACUGAAUGGUUGAACUUUUUUUUUUUUUUUUCCAAUUCGCUGCUUUGAAAACUUGUGGUCAGUUGGACCGUGCUUUGUACAAGAACUCCUGCCUGUUCAUGCACUUUUGCCAGCAAAAAUCUCCAAAUUUGAUUAACACUUGUGCGCAUUGUUUCAUGAUCUGAACAGCUUUUUUUAUGUCAAGGCAAUUUCAUGAAGUGUAUUAUGUAGUUGAAACGCCCACUACUGUUUCUUGUGCAUCUGUGUUCAGGGCGAAAUUUGUGGACUUAGAAAAACCAUGCAAUUUGCCUAAAAUGCAAGGGGAGGGGUGGAAUAAAACAAAGAAAAGCAAAAGAAAGAAAGUGGUACCUUUAUAUUUCCGCUUAAGCUGAAUAUGGAGGCUAGUAAAACUGUAUGGCAUAAGUGGAAUCCACAUGUGCUGCAGAACAGCCAGUGUCCCCCCCCCUUUCCCUCAACAGAACAGUUCUGGCACAGGGCUGUUUUCCUGGGAAGACAUUGGAUUGCACUGAUACGUCAUUGGCAUGGGACACAUUGCUUAGUCGAUGAAUGCAUUUCAUAUCACAGAAGUGGAGUCUUUCUGUGCAUUGAAUGGAUAUGGCCCUGCCGAUUUAAAUGUUCAUAGUCGUAGAAAAAUUGCUGUGGAGAGGGUUGUUUUUCCAAGCGGAAUUGGCAUCAUGAUUACUUGUUCGCGCAAGUUGCUUAAGCAGCUAAGCUGGUUGCAAACUAGUUUUUGCUGCAAAAGUUUAAUCUGCUAUACGUACAUCCAGGCUUGGCAACACACUAGGAUGCUGCCGUUAGGCAAUGUAAGCACCCAGUUGGCAUUUGAUGACGAGCAAAACGGGGAAUAACAUGAACUGACGGACUAUUUUGUUGCCAGUCAUUGCACAGCCACCUACACACAUAUCCCAAACGUGACCCCUACAGUGUUACCCAAUGCAGGUGGCAAAAAAAAAAGGCUUGAAGUCUGAAAACAGCUGAAACUAGCAGCAUUUGCAUAGUGCAACCUUAAGGAAAUAAAUCCUAACCUAUAGGAUAGCCUGCAGUGUGUCAACUUGCCCAAGACUUUUAAACAAAAUUUGUAGACCGGAAGUUCAGCAGCAAGCCUUAAAUUUUGGCUUCUAGUGUAAAACCUUGUGUGCAAUUAUGUAAUUUGCACACACACACACAAUAAUUGCAUCUCUACAAAAGCAAGAUUAAAGAUUUACCUCAUAUUGCUUUUUUUUUUUUAACUUAGUGGGGCCAAAUUGGAGCACUGGAUUGUAUCUUCGUGCUCAAGGCUACACAGUGCAGGAUGCUUGCGAAAGUAGUAGUGCUUAAGUAUAGUGCUUAAACAAAGUGAGCUUUGCAGGAAAAAAUAAAGAUAGAAAAAGGAAAAGAUGAUGGUGAAAAGUCGCUUGCCCUCCCGAAAAUAUGUCACUUAAGUAUCCUUGCGCAAUUUGAAUGCGAAAGCAUAACGACUUCUCCGAUUAAUUGGUUAUACCCAUAAGAAACGUCGUACAUUGUAGUGUGUCCUUCACAAUUUUACCUUGAUCCACCUUGCUCUAACUUGCACCAACCUUAAUCCACUUUAAUUCACCUUCAUUCACUUUACUCUACCUUAAGCCACUUCACUCUAACUUGCUCUUUACCGACGUCAUACGAAACGCUGACGACAUCACUGAUGAUGAUGAUCUUUGUUACCACUCAUUGCAGACGACCCAGGCUUUUCUGCUUCAUGGGACAUGUAAUGCUUUCGCAUAAAUAAUGGGACUAACGCACCCAUUUGCUGAAGGGUGCCUUCUGUCAUCACAAGCACAGAUUUUCCAGCCAAACAGUCUGGAAACAACAAACUCAGCUUUGCAUGCCCAGCCAGCGAAUUUUGCUAACAUUACACAUUAUGCGGGGGGGGGG